AUGUUUUUCAAGUCUCUGGACCUGACCACUGCACUGCGACCCUUGCUGUUACCUGACGAGACGCUUCUCUUUGUCCAGGAUGCGGUGGGGUUAUAUGAGGGGAAAUACAAGAUCCCUGACUACCAAAAUGGCCAUGCCUACUUGACCUCUCAUCGGGUAUGCUAUGUUGCAGCCGAAGAACCACGCAAAUUCUCCGUUGGUAUUGAUUUGAAGGAAGUUGAUCGAGCCGAGUACCAGGCGGGCUUUUUCAAAUCAUCGCCAAAAAUCACGUUAUAUCCAAAACCACAGAAGGGAAAGACUGACAAGUCGCGAAGCGCAACUGCCAGUCCUGCGGUCUCCCAACAGUCCAGCCUUCUCCCGGUUCAUCCAUCCUCUCCACGACCACACAGUGUCGUGCCACAGCCAUCGGCCUCACCAAAACCAGUCAAUGCGACCUGGAUCUGCCCGAUUUGCUCUUUCUCGAAUCCCGUGCCCUCAAACUUUGACCCGGCUACGGCCACCGCGACAACCCAUUUACCACCAUGUCUCGCGUGUGGUAUCAAGCCGCCUUUUAUAACGGUCUUAAAGGCCGCAAUCAGCGCUGCAGCAAGUCGUGAUUCCCCUUUACCCAGCACAACGUCCUUACCGACUGAGGAUAAUGCUCAAAAGCAUGGCGGACACUCGGGUUCAUCUGGGCUGAUGGGUUCCGUGUCGUGUCCCCGCUGCACAUUCGUCAAUCAUCCAUCUCUCAUAGAGUGUGAGAUGUGCGGGGCGCCUUUGACAACCGGGGGACCUUCGAUACAAGGAGAUGAUGCGAGCCGCGCCGACUCCCCAGCGCCAUUCUUUGCACAGUCUCGCAUCGCCAACUCAGAAGUCACAGACAGCAUCAAGCUGUCCUUUCGAAAUGGCGGGGAGAAGACCUUCCACGAGAGACUCAAAGGGGCCUUGAUCCAACGAAAAUGGCUACUUCAGAAUGCCCCACCGGUGCCGCUGCCAUCGCAGGCAGCUGCCUCACCGAGUGGUCCCGCCAUUGCGACACUAGAGAGCCCGCAACCUUCUGCUCCACGUGUGACAGCCGUGGGUAUCGCAGGUCUCGAGCAACGUGGGCUAGAAACGCGAAUGAACAAUCAACUGGUCAUUGGUAACGCCUUUGAAGAUCUGGAGGCACUGAUGGCCUCAGCAAAGCAGAUUGUGGCUCUAGCAGAGACCCUGGCCCGCGAGUCCGGGAUGACGACCAAUGGAGGAGCCUCUGCAGAGACCAACGCGGUCCUCUCCGAGUCGGCUGCAGCCUUGGGGAUGGUGACUACAAAGGACAUGCUGAGCUCUGGGUCUGAGAACCUCUAUUUAUCAGAGCUGUCCCGCAAUCUAGCCGAGUAUCUUACCGAUGAUCGCAAGGGGAUUUUACAACGAGAAGGGGGCAUUAUGAGCCUGAUUGACCUCUGGGCGGUGUUCAAUCGGUCUCGUAAUGGAGUCGAACUCAUCAGUCCAUCCGAUUUCCAGCGGGCAGCCGAGCUCUGGGAGAAGCUGAAGCUCCCUGUGCGUCUCCGCCGGUUCAAGAGUGGUCUCUUGGUGGUUCAGCGUUAUGACUGGAGCGAUGAGAAGACGGUCCGGCAACUGCAGGAGUGGAUGGAGGAACUGCGACGAGUACCACCGGACGAAACGAUUCCUUGGGAUUGGACGGUGUUUGGUCGGGCCGUGACGGCACAGGAAGCAGCGCAGCGAUUCAAAUGGAGUGUGGGUGUGGCCGCCGAAGAGCUGGGGAUGGCCGAAGACCGGGGUUUACUGUGUCGGGAAGAAGGUAUAGAGGGGCUACGGUUCUGGAGCAAUCAUCUCGUAGCAUAG